CUUUCAACUUUUAAUUACCAUCCUUUUUUUGUUCCAACUGCCUUUCAUGUCAGGUCUUGUGUCAUGAAUUAAUGUCUUCUUUUCUUUCUUGCUAAUCUCAAACAAGGAAUGUUGAUGGAUAUAAAAACAAAAUAAUCAUUAAUAAGAAUCCAUAAAUUCUUCCUUUAAAUCAUCUAAAAUUUGGUGCAAUUUCAACCCCACAAAACCAACUUUGAAUGUGAAGCUUCCUUCUUUAAUCCCUACCCUAUAUAUAUAAAUGGUUUCCUUGGGCAAAGGUUCGUAGGGAAAAAAGAAAGAAAGAAAGAAAAAUGUCAGCUGCUGUAGGAAUUUUCUCAGCAUCCAAACAAGAUGGUUUGAAGAAAAAUGGAAGAAACAAUAAUGAAGAGGCGAGAGAAGAGAAGAAGAAGAACAACAAGAAGUUUGUUGAUGAUAAUGAAGCAAAGAACAAUAAUGUUGAUGAUGAGAAUGAGGUUGAUGAAGAAGAUGAUAAUCCCAAGCUGAAACCUGAGAAGGAGUUGGAUCUUGGCCCUCCUCUUUCACUCAAAGAGCAGCUUGAAAAGGACAAGGAUGAUGAAAGUCUGAGGAGAUGGAAAGAACAGCUUCUUGGGAGCGUUGAUAUGUCUGCUCUUGGAGGUACUGUUUUUCCUAUCUGUUAUUCAAGGAGCAAACACAUGUUGAAUUAUAUUUUUGUGAUGAAAGCAGAGAUGGAGGCGGCAGAAGUGAAGAUAGAAAGGCUGUCAAUCGUAUGUCGGGGCCGACCAGAUAUUGUUUUGCCCAUUCCAUUUGUUUCAAACCCUAAAAGCAGCUUGUUUAUACUAAAGGAAGGAAGUCGUUAUCGUCUCAAAUUCUCCUUCACUGUCUCCCACAACGUUGUCUCUGGUCUUAACUACACUAACACUGUCUGGAAAACCGGUGUUAAAGUAGAGAAAACAAAAGUGAUGUUGGGAACAUUUAGCCCUCGAAAAGAUCCAUACACUUAUGAAUUGGAAGAAGAAACCACCCCUUCUGGCUUGUUUGCUAGAGGCUCCUACUCUGCAACUACGAAGUUUGUAGAUGAUGAUGGCAAAGCUUAUUUGGCUAUGAAUUACCACUUUGAAAUCAAGAAGAACUGGCCAUCAAACAACUCUUGAAUUUUUUUCCCUUCUUUUUUUUUAAUUUUGGGUUUUUAAUUUUUUCUUUUAUGUGUUUUUUCUCUUCUUACAAAAUUUAUUGUAUCUACAAUUUUUUGCGUUACAGUCUGGAUUUUUUUUAUUUUUUUGGUUUUGUGUGUCUAUAAAUAGAGGUUUUCAUAUAUAA